UUUUGCACCUACCGCUAAUGAUUAGGCUUGUUUCACACGAAUAAUCCGUAAAGUCCCUUCUUUCUCCGAGGGAAGCCGAAGGCUAGCAAUCUUUUUCUUACUCAACUUCCCAACUUGCCCUCAUGUAUUAUAAAACACAAGAAGGCCUACUCUACUGGAGAUUCACCUAAAAUCAGUACUAUGGCAGGACAACAUGCAUUUUUCUCUGCAAACAUCUGCCUAUCCAUGUUUCUCUUUGUAAUGCUUCCUGUACUUGGCCAUGGCUUGGGAACUGAUCAAGCCAGUUCACUUAUGGCCUUGCGCCAGUCGAAAAUGGAGUCUCGAGGCAUGACUGCCGACGAGAAAUGGACAGAAAUGAGUGUUAAUGGCUCAGAAAAAAUAGCCUCUGAUUUAGGAAAUAUGAAAUAUGAUAUGAUAAAAGGUGGACUUCCUGGACAGCCAUUAGGGGUUAAGUUUAAGCAAUAUGCAGGAUAUGUUAAUGUUGAUGAAAAGAAAGGAAGAAGCCUUUUCUACUACUUCGCUGAGGCUGCUGAGGAUCCUUCUUUUAAGCCACUUAUUUUGUGGCUCAAUGGAGGACCUGGUUGUUCAUCACUUGGAAUGGGGGCAAUGGCUGAACUUGGACCUUUUGGGGUAAAUCCAGAUGGUAAAACACUCUAUUCAAGAAAAUUUGCAUGGAACAAAGUUGCAAAUAUAUUGUUUUUGGAGUCGCCUGCAGGCGUUGGAUUCUCUUACUCAAACACGACCUCAGACUAUGAGCUGUCUGGAGACAGAAGAACCGCUGAGGAUGCGUAUACAUUUUUGAUAAACUGGUUCAAGAGGUUCCCUCAUUACAGGACAAGGGAUUUCUACAUAACCGGAGAAAGCUAUGCAGGUUACUAUAUUCCCGAGUUAGCAGAUGUUAUUGUCAACAGAAACAAGAAAGCACACUCGUCUUCAAGGAUCCAACUUAAGGGCAUCAUGAUUGGAAAUGGGAUAAUGAACGAUGAUACAGACAAUAAAGGUAUUAUCGAUUUUCUUUGGAGCCAUGCACUGAUUUCAGACGAAACGUAUCAAGGGCUUACAGGAAAGUGCAAGCCAGGAAGCUCAAGAUGUGGAAGUUUAGAUGUAGAUGAAAUUGGAGCUAUAGAUUUUUAUAAUAUAUAUGCCCCAUUAUGCUCGUCUUCCUUCAGAUUGUCAAACAAGACGAGAAAAGAAAUAGGAUACGAUCCUUGCGAAUCAGAGUAUGUUUACAGCUAUCUUAAUCUUCCCCAAGUACAGAAAGCCCUUCAUGCAAACAGAACAAAACUUUCCCACAAAUGGGAACUUUGCAGUGUUGUGAUCAAUUCCUGGAGGGACAGCCCAUCAACAAUGUUUCCAAUAUAUAGGAGGCUUAUGGCCUCGGGUCUUCGGAUACUUCUUUACAGUGGGGAUGUGGAUGCUGUGGUUUCAGUGACUGGUACAAGAUAUUCCAUUGCUUCUUUGAACCUCAAAGUGAUCAAACCUUGGCGUCCUUGGAUGGAUAAAACCGAUGAAGUGGCUGGAUACCAAGUAGUUUAUGAUGGUUUAACUUUCGCAACAGUUCGUGGCGCGGGUCAUCAGGUUCCACAAUUUCAGCCCCGGAGAGCUUUCAUUUUACUGAAAAUGUUUCUUGCAGAUCAUUUUUAAGAGAACAGAAACUGAAGUUAUGGAAUUUUUUAUCUUAUAGUAGUUGAUGAAAAUAAUCUGAGCAUCAAAUCAAUUAUUUUCCGUCGGUUUUUUCUAAGUGGAACAAAUGAUUGAAGUAUAAUUUGAGGAUAAUCAUUAUGAAGUUA